AUAUAUCUAUUAUGUAUUUUAUUUGCUAACAAUAACAUUAGUUGACAUAAAUGGUGAUUUCCCUCGGCAGGAGACAUGGCGAGUUUCCACACUCAGAAAGGUGUUCUCCACCAGCUGCACUGCAUCGCAUUCCGAACCCUAACACUAACACGCAGCCCCCUCCACCCCUCAACUAAACAGGCAUUCAAAUUCAGCAGCAGCACCUCCGAGCCGCACGCCUUCACAGUGUCGUACCUCAUAACCCAGUGCGGCUUCUCCCCCUCCUCGGCGGCCGCCACCGCCUGCAAGCUCCGCUUGGAGACCCCGUCGAAGCCGGACUCCGUGAUAUCCUUCUUGGAGAGGCACGGCUUCUCCCAAUCCCAAAUCCGCAGUAUCAUCAAGCGCGAGCACCGCAUCCUCCUCUGCGACCCCCACAAGGUCCUCUCCCCCAAGUUCCGCUUCCUCCGCUCCAAGGGCGCCUCCGCCGAGCAGCUCGUCCACGUCGUCACCACCGGCCCCCGCCUCCUCUCCCGCAGCCUCCACAAGCACAUCGUCCCCGCCUACGAAUUCUUCCGCGCCUUCCUCCUCUCCGACGCCCAAAUCAUCGCCUGCCUCGUCCGCAACUCCUGCUUCUUCUCCGACGGCCGCGUCCCCCUCAACACCAAAAUGCUCCUCGACAACGGCGCCACGCGCUCCACCAUCGCCAAGCUCCUCCGCAUGUGGCCCUCCAUUCUCUGCUCCUGCAACCUCUCCGACACCAUCCUCGAGCUCAAACAAAUGGGCUUUGACUCCUCCACCACCACCUUCUCCGUCGCGCUUCUCGCUAAACGGACCGUCAAUAAAGCCAAGUGGGGUGAGAAAGUUGAGGCCUUUAGGAAAUGGGGCUGGUCUGAGGAGGAUGUGGUUUCGGCGUUUAAAAGGCAACCCUAUUGUAUGUUGAAUUCCCCUGAGAAGAUCCAUGCUGUUUUCAGCUUCUGGGUUGAUACAUUCGGUGGUGAUUCUAAAGAUCUUGUUAGGUAUCCUAUCAUUUUCCAGCUGAGUCUCCAGAAGAGGUUGCUUCCCAGGGCUGCCGUUUUGCACUUCCUUGCCUCCCAGGGUCUCAGGAAAAAGGGUGCCAGUCUCGUCACGCCGUUCCUUGUCACUGAGAAACUGUUCUUGGAGAGGUUUGUCACGCGUUUUCAGGGACAUUCUUUGAGGUUGUUGGAGAUAUACGACGAAACUAUGAAUGUUGACAAUACAUGACAUUCACAGGGAGAAGGAGAAGAACAAAUCUUGCUUGUAUCCUUGUCUUGGCUCUCAGCCUCUCACUCUGACUAACAAGUAACAAUCAUGCUAGCUUGUUUAUGAGAUUUCAAUUCUUAUAUUGUUGUAUGUUUUCAUACAGAAGCCGAAUAAAGGAAAAAUAAUAUUUUUUGGCGAUAGAGGGGAUUCA